AUGGAUUUCUACGUCAUUUCUACGUGUACUGAACUAGGUAUGUCUCAGUUGAUAGCCUCCAACUUCUUCUCUGCGGAGCACAUGACAUUCAUUGAAGUGGUUAUGGAAGACACGAGUAUUGAAUCGGCGUUGGAAAAGAACCCGGAGGCUACCGACGAUUUCGUGAAAAAUGGGUUGAAAGGUCUCGUUUCGGCUAUUGAUUUCUUCAAAAAGUUGCAUACAAUCAUCGAAAGAGGAACUUACAAGUCAGCGUCGAUUCGUAUGGAUGUUCAGGUAUCCACUCGUGUCAUGGACCAUGCCCCGGAUUGCACCCUGAAUAUGCAUCUUACGACGACCGAUUGGGAGAAAUCACUGAACAUGUCGUCUGAAACAUGUGACAAACUGCUCGACGAGCUUCAGAAAGCAAAGACAUUUAUCCGUCAAAGUAGAGCUGAUGCCUUGAAGAAAGAAAAAGAGAAGGAAGAAGCCAAAUGA